AUGGAUAAUAAUUUUGAUGAAAUAUUUAAAAAAUUAUCACAAAUAGAAGUAGUUGUGGUUCCUCCAGUUUUUUUACCUAUUGGAGUGGAUAGUUUAGUAUCACCAUUGUACUCUCCUUAUGGUCACAUUUUCGAAAGAUCAAAAAUAGAAAGUUGGUUAGAAAAACACUCGAUUUGUCCAAUAACAAGAGAACCUCUUAGUUUAGAAAUGUUGAAACCUGUUAUCUUUGUAUCAGAAGAUGAAAAUAUAUUGGAAAAAGAGAAUGAAUCUCCAAAACAUGAAUUAAUUCAAUCCAACCAAACUCAACCAAAUCAAGCUUAA